AACAAAGAAAAAAAUCUUUGUUUAUGUUUUCAUUUGAAUCUCUUUGUGUUUUAAUCUUUGGUCAAUUGUUUUUCCAAUUAAAAGGCCAAAUUAAUUAAUUGUCUGUGUUGUUAAUAAAACGAAUUGUUUGAUCAACUGUGAAUUUAUCAACUCUAAGGAUGGAAUUGGUUAGUUACAAUCAACGAUGAGUUUCUGUUGAAAGAGUAUGACCUAUGUAAUUAGUUUUUCAAUCUAAUGGAUUUCCAGUGAUUCAAAUGGACUGAUUUAGAUUGCAACAAAAAGACUAUAAACUAUAAGUUAAUUUUAUCAUCUGUUUUGUGUUUUGUGUUUUAAGUUAAUUUGUGAUAAACGAAGGACAAAGUGAUUGGUGAUUAAUUAAUUGCCAACAAUCAACCAUCAAAAUGGAAGCCACUCUUCGGGCUUUUUUAAACAUUUUCCCUGAGAAAAUGAAAAAACGGACAAUCUGGUAUCUUUUUGAUAGAUACUUGGGACACUUUUUAAGAGAGAAAUUAACUCUCGAUCAACUAUCUAUUGAUUUGAUUGAUGGAAAAGGAUGUAUCAAUGAGAUCGAUUUAGAUGUUGACUCAUUGAAUGAAGAAUUAUCAUUUUUACCUGUUAAAUUUGUCGACGGUUGUUUCAUUGAAGAGAUAUCAGUUUAUGUUCCUUGGUCAUCUCUGUUGACUGAAUCGUGUUCACUUCAAAUCAAAGGAGCAACAGUGAUCUGUCAACUUGACCAUGAACUUGACGGAAGGAACCAAAUGGAGUCCGAUUAUUUAACUCGGUCUAUCAUGAGCAGUUCGAUGCAAUUGGCUGAGGAAAUUGUGCAAACUAAUCAAGAAGAAGAUAAAUUCGAGGGACUGGAAAUAUUCGCUCAGUUGAUAGACUCAGUUCUCCGUCGAGUGGAACUGAUUGCCAUUGAUACUCGUUUUAUCCUGCGAAGUAAAAGGAAACAACCACGAAAUGCAUCGACCAUUAAGAUGAACAAAGGAAGUGACGACUAUUGUGAUUUGGAGAUUCGAGUGGCUCAUUUAAGGUGUCGAGAGAAUGUUAAAGAAGAGGAGGAAGACGAUGAGAAAGAGAAAGAAAAUGUCAACAUGGCUCCGAAAAGGAUUCGAAAGAAACUGGACAUUACCGAUAUCGAAAUCUUAUUGGAUGGAGACACGAUAUGUACACUUAAAGAUACUCAUGUGAUGGAAGUGAAUGUAAAAGACUCUGCGUGCGCCAUCCAAGUGCAUUUGGCUUCCAUUUUAACGGGAAUUUUAAAAAAGAAUCAAAUAAAUGAGCUUAUCAACAUCGCGAGUCCCAAAGAAUCUGGUCAAGAAUAUGAAAGUUUCCAUAGACAAGGAGAGAAGGCGAUGACCGCCCUGGACUAUGCUCGAAUAGAACAACAAUUACGAAUGGAUUCUGCUCGAUUCCAUUUGGGUUCGUCUCGGAACAACCUGUUGGGUGGAUUCGCAGGCGAAUCUUGUAGUGCCUGGACAAGUGGUGGGGAAACUUUCGAGUCGUGUCAGACCACAGCUUUCAUGCCAAUAGACUAUUCGAAUAGUCGUCGAAAUUGUGAGACAAAAGACACAAAGAGUUUUAAUUGUGCAAUCAAAUUACCAGGAAUCGCCGUUUGUUUGGUUGGAUCAAACUACUCGGGCGAAUGUAAAGAAAUUAAUCCGAAAGUGAUGAGUUUGCAUGAAAUUAACUGUUCCCUCGAUGAAAUGAUUACUUGUUACCAUUUAAGGUUAAUCACUGUUCCAAUUCAUAUUAAUCUUGAUUCUUCUGGUUGGAAGAUAAAUUCUGGUGACAUUUGGAUCGGUGAACGGAACCAAAGAGGUUUGUGUCCACUAAUUUGGACAGAACCCCGGACACUGGUCAGUAGUGGACCAGAAAAUGUCCAUCAACAAUUUGGACUGCCCAUCAAAUCUUCAAAUGGUCAAGAUCACAAUCAAGAUCUUAGUUUCUCUUGUAUAAUAACAAAUGAAAAGAUUGAAAUUGGUACGAAACAUUUAACCAAUUUGAUUGUUGAUCCAACGCUUUUGGAAAGGAUCGAGAGAUAUUUGCCUUGGAUUUCCGAUGGAUCAGGAUCAUCGGAUCGAUUGUCGAUUGGAAUUGUGUGUCCAGAGAUUCGAAGUAAAUUGUUGAUUCCUGUUGCUGAUUUACGAGACGAAAGACCAAGAGAAUCAGAGUUGCGUCCAUUUUGGAUUGAACUGGAUGGAAAUGAUUUGGAAGUGAUGAUAAAUGAAACAAGUACCGAUGUGACACUUAGUAGGUUGGUUGUUUCCAUUGGUGAUAAAUUAUCGGGAAGUAAAGAGAUCGGCCGAAUGAGUAGCGAAGGGUCGGAAGCGAUUCGUUUUAGUAUCAAAAAAGGUGCCGAUACCUCGAGAUUUGUCGAGUCGCGAAAUGUCCAAGAUCUUCUCGAAGCGGCCAACAUGACCGAGUCUAUUUUUAUAUGUACAAAAGCACAAGCGACACCCGAAACUCCGUUUCAAGUGAAGACAAAGAUUGUUCGAAGUGAGAAAAAAGCAGAUGCCAAGACCUUUGUUCCCAAUAAUCUGAACAAUUCACGAGGUUAUUUCGAAACAUGUAAAUCGUUCACCCAACUGCAGGUGGAAUUGUCCGCCGACAAUGUGACCAUGUACUUUGAUAAAGAGCAAAUCGAUCUGCUUUAUAAUGCUGGAAAUGAUCUCGCUCUUUGGACUCCAAACAGCGACAUCUCGAUCCGAUCUGGAGGACGAGAAUGUCCACCAAGCACCAAAUACUUUCCUUGUGGAACUGGAAUGAGCGACUCAAUCGAAUCCGAGUCUUCAUUCCACUCGAUCGGUGGCUCUUCGUCCAAUCAACACCUUCACAAUUUAGUCACUUGUUUACUUCGCUGUGAUACUCUUAGAGUGACCAUUGGUGACCAUUUGAUAAACAGUUGUAAUGUUUUCAUCGGGUUGACCUUUGGUCUAGAAGAUGACACUUGCAAUGUGAUCUCGAUCCAUGGACUGGGUGUUUGUUGGUCCUACAGGGAGAAAGUGAUUGACAGCAAUCACCUUUGUCAGAAAGCGAGUUCACUGGACUUGACAUUCGAGAUCGACAAGAAAAAUGUGCCAGUGUCCAAGUCAAUAACCGUUGCCAUCAAAUUGUCGGAAGCGAUUUUGUUCAAAACUUGGCCAGAGAUUUUCGUCGAUUUCUGGAACUUGGUGAAUGUCACCAAUGAGGAGGUUCUCGGUUACACUCCACCCAAGAUUCAGACUGAACUUCACACAAGUAUAGUGAACGGAGCGAUCGCCUAUGGAAGUGACAAUGUCCCUGCUCCACCUCGACCAGUUUUAAUCACUUUCGACGGGAUCACAGUGACGGCGAUGGUGGUUGAAGAUACAAGUGACACUUUGCUGAGAUUCAUCAUUGAAGAAGCUGCUUUUUACUUUAAGAAAAAUAGUUUAUCAUCUCAGUGCCUAAGUAAUUACGUUUGCAUAAUCGACUCUGGAUUGAUCGACAUGAGCCUUAAAUUGUGUGAGGCGAAUAGGAUUGUGUUCAAAGCGAUGAACAACAUGAUAAAUGUGAGAAGUUGUUCCGAUUCAUUGGCAGCACUUUGUCAAUUGAUCAACAAUUUAAUUAAUCAAACAAAUGAGACGAAAGGUGAAGAUGAUCCUCCAAGUUACUCGAAAGCCAUUGGAAUGAGAAAAGGAUCGAAUUGCGAAUUGAUGAAAGAAGUCAUUUCGAAAGAAGCUAAAAGAUUGUCUCUGAAUUGUCCAGGGAAAGAAGGAGAAAAGACAGAAAAAGGAGAGAGAAAUAAAAAGAAAGAAGGAAAUAAGAAGAGAAAAGGACGAACAAAAGAAGAAAAGGAAAAGGAAAAGGACAAAGAAAAAGAAAUCGACAGAGAAAAAGUCGAAAAAGGUUGGAACAAACAAAAAGAACGAAUCAUGGCAACGAUUGAAAAUCCUGGACCAAGUACAAGUUCGGCAACUGGACUGAAAAAAGGAGAAAUGACAGAUUCUGGUUUCUGGUUAUUAGGUGACGACGAUAUCGGCGCUGGAAUCAAAGCGACCGAUGAUCCGAUCGUUAGAAUCUUGAAUCAUGAACCAAUCACAAUCAUGGAAGGAUUUUUCACCCCAGGCAAACAAAAAGAACCCUCAGAACUUUUGAAAUCUUUGGUCGCUCGAUAUUUCCUCGAGGAAAUGACCUUGUGUAUCAGUGUGUUUGGUGGUCGAGACUUUGAAGAUGACCAAGGAGGAAACGACGGAGGGGAAGAUGAAAAUCCGAAAAAGAGAGUAAAUGUCGAUUAUGAUGCUCGAAAUCGAAGUGAGAACAAAGUGAGAUUCGUCAAUGAUCCUGAGAACGAAGAUCCAAUCCAAGUUUGGGAGAGUAUAAAUUUAGAAAAGGGAUCGGAUUUGAUGGAAGCGACUUCAUCUCGACCUGUGGUGGGUUUUUCUCAUUGUAGAAAAACAAACGGCGGUCGAUUGAGGAAAGACGAUGUUUGUGUCCAGUUGCAAUUGACCAAAGUUCGACUUCUUUUCGACAAAUUCAACGAUUCAUGUAAUGUUUCAUGGAGAUGGUCAUUGAAUGUGAAGAAGGUCGAGAUUCGUGACUGUUUGUCUGUGUCCAAUAUAAACAAGAUGCUCUAUGAGUACAUUUCGGAAGAUAUUCCUCGUCGAAAUGAGUCGAGCAUGAUCUCCAUUAGAGCUAAAACAUUCCGUAAUCCAGUAGAUUCUCACGAAGAAUGUGAUCUGAGAGUCACAUUGAAACCACUUCGAGUGAACAUUGACCAAGAUACAAUAAUGUUCCUAUUUGAGUACUUCUCAUCUCUUAAAAAUCUGUUGGAUUCUCAAACUGUCCCGAUCACUCCGACGUCUUCUGGCUCCAAUACUCCGUCGCCUGUUUUUCCAAUAAGCGAAAGAGACUUUAAUGUUGACACUAAUGUUCAAACGAACGACAAUGAAAUGAACGGACUAAACUCUGAAGAUCCACUUGACUCGAAACCCUCAUCUCUAUUUGUAAAGUCUUUCGAAUUCACAUCAACUGUUUUAAUUCGUCUCGAUUAUCAUGGGAAAAGAAUCGACUUUGAUCAAGGGACGAUUCAAGGUCUUCUCAUGGGUCUUGGACAUUUGAAUCAUUCUGAACUUCACCUGAAAAAACUUCACCAAAAACGUGGAAUCCUUGGUGUUGAUCGAGUUGUUCAAUUCGCUUUGACCGAAUGGUUUGAGGACAUUAAAAGGAAUCAAAUUCCACGAAUAAUUGGAUCAAUUGGACCAUUGAACAGCGUUAGACAAUUAUUCCAAGGAGUAAUUGAUCUGUUUUGGAUUCCCGUUGAUCAAUAUCGACGUGAUAGACGCAUUUUCCGUGGUAUUCAACGAGGUGCAACUUCGUUCUCAUCAUCAACAGCAACUGCGAUGCUCGAUCUUGCCAACAGACUUGUUCAUGUGAUCCAAGGAACUGCUCAAUUCGCUCACGAUGUUGUACUGACUCACAAUCGAUCUCCACAACACAACAUUCGAGGAUCAGUGCCAACAUCUCAACCUCGAGAUCUUCGGGAAGGGGUCGCUUCCGCUUACACCGUGAUGAGGGAAGGACUCAAUGAGACUUAUCGUAAUGUCGCAAAUGUUGGUGCUCAAUCCUAUGGAGUGACCGAAACCGUUGGCGUUUUCAUCGGCACUUUACCUUCAAACAUUUUGCAUCCGAUAAUCAAAGCAACUGAGGCAACAUCGAAUGUAAUUGUUGGAAUGAGAAAUCAAUUAACUCCCGAAGCGAGACAAGAUGAUCAAUACAAAUGGAAGACACGAAUCAACAAUCAACAAUUAUAAUCAUGAUAAUUUCUCAACUAGUUUAAUGGUAAAGAUGAAAUAAUAUUUCACAUUCUCAACAAUUAACUCACCCAAUCAAUGAAAACUCAUCAUCGCCAAAAAAAAGGAACAAAAAAUUGGAAAAAAUUUGACUAAAAAUCAAAGUUGUAAAAAAAUAAAUCGACAAUUAAUUGUCACUUUAUAUUGACUAAAAUAAUCGUAAAUGAAAUCAAAAGUUUUUGAUAUUUUAAUAACUAACAAUAAACAUCGUAAAUAAUUUUCAUUCAUCAAAA